AUUCAUUUGUCCUUGUCUUGGUUUAACCCUUGCCUCUGCUUUUUGUCCAGUUGCAGUGAAAAUCCUAGUCAUGGAUGAUUCCUCAGCUCUUUGAUCUUUCUCAAAGCCUUACAACGUAUAACGCUUGAAUCUUUCACCCUCUAUUUCCCUAAAACUCAUAGUCUUCCUCUCCUGCAUAUUUUCCUCUUACAGUGUUACCCCACUUUGCUCUUUCCAUUUUCUUGAACUUGGUUUCUCUCACAAACACAUUCAUUCUUUGACACAAGAUUUCACAGGGGUUUCUAAACUAUGACUAUGGUUGUGCAUUUUCUUCUGUUGCUUUUUGCAGUUUCUGCUGUUGCUGCUGAUGAAGAACCAUUUAUUGGAGUGAAUAUUGGAACAGAUCUCUCAGACAUGCCUCACCCCACUCAAGUAGUAGCACUGCUUAAAUCCCAAAAACUUCAACAUGUCAGAUUGUAUAAUGCUGACCAAGCUAUGCUCGUUGCACUUGCAAACACUGGAAUUCAAGUUGUUGUGUCUGUCCCCAAUCAAGAGCUCCUAUCAAUUGGUCAAUCAAAUUCCACAGCAGCAAAAUGGGUUUCUACCAAUGUGGUAGCACAUUAUCCAGCUACUAAUAUCACAGCAAUUUGUGUUGGUUCUGAGGUUUUAACCACCCUCCCUAAUGCAGCAAAACUACUAGUCAACGCUCUUAAGUACAUUCAUUCAGCCCUUGUUGCGUCGAAUCUCGAUCGCCAGAUUAAAGUUUCAACACCCCUUUCCUCUACCCUCAUCCUUGAUUCAUUUCCACCUUCCCAAGCCUUCUUUAACCGCUCGCUGAAUCCAGUCUUGGUCCCAAUGCUCGAUUUCUUGCAAUCCACCGGCUCUUAUCUCAUGCUUAACAUCUACCCUUAUGACGACUACAUGCUGUCGAAUGGUGUGAUUUCAUUGGACUAUGCACUCUUCAAGCCUCUUCCUCCCAACAAGGAAGCUAUUGAUUCUAACACCCUUCUCCACUACUCCAAUGUGUUUGAUGCUCUGGUUGAUGCAGCAUACUUUGCCAUGUCUUAUCUCAACUACACUAACAUUCCUGUGGUGGUGACUGAGACAGGUUGGCCCUCAAAGGGUGACUCUAAUGAGCCGGAUGCAACGCUCGACAAUGCCAAUGCUUACAACAGCAACUUGAUCAAGCAUGUGCUGAAUGUAACCGGAACUCCAAAGCGCCCUGGAAUUGCUGUUAGUACUUACAUCUAUGAGCUCUACAAUGAGGAUACAAAGGACGGGCCAUUGUCAGAGAAAAACUGGGGAUUGUUUGAUGCUGAUGGGAAACCUAUUUACAUUUUACACUUGACAGGAUCAGGAGCAGUGUUGGCGAAUGACACUACCAACCAAACUUACUGCGUUGCGAAGGACGGUGCUGAUCCGAAGAUGCUGCAGGCUGGGAUAGACUGGGCAUGUGGACCUGGCAAGGUGGAUUGCUCUCCAUUGUUGCAAGGAGAGGCAUGCUAUGAACCAGACAAUGUGAAUGCACAUGCAAAUUAUGCUUUUGACACUUACUAUCAUCAGAUGGGAAAGUCUCCUGAGUCAUGUAAUUUCAAUCAAAUGGCUACAAUCACCACCUCAAAUCCAAGUCAUGGUUCCUGUAUAUUUCCAGGAAGUCUUGGGCAAAAUGGCACCUUUGCCAAUGUCACUGCACCAUCACUGAAUUCCACAAGUUCAUCUUCUUCGGCAUGCAAUCUCCACAAAUGUGAUUUGAGAAUUAAAAGCCUUCUGAUGGUGAUAGGAUUUCAAAUAUUGGGAGUGGUUGUGCUAUAAACUGUGUAUCUCAGAACUUGCGUUGACUCAUUCAAAACACUUGAGGUAGAUGAUGAUUGAUGAUGUUACAUAGUAGGCUUUGUUGCAUGUUCAAAGUGGCCUACUCAAUUUUGUAAAAAGGCCAGUUAAUGGUCUGGACUGAAUUAGGCUUCAAAUGAAACACUAUUAUCAUUAUUAUUCUUUUCAAUUAGAAUUCAUUCGCUCCUUAUCAAGAA